GAGUUAUAAAUUAGUCAAUGAGAUGACUAACUUUUCUGAGUGACUCAAGAUAACCUGUUCUCUGAUUAUCAGUCUUAUUUAUUGCUUCAGGUAAUUCUGAUGGGUGUUGCCAUAGCGACGGCCUCCAGCACGUCACAUGUAAACACUCGGGUCGUCUACAAAGGUGCUGGUUACCCCACCCUGACUUCCUCAACUCAAGAACCAUCGUCAACACCAACAACAUCCAGCCAGACUACAUCACCAUCGGAGCAGCCAGCAACACCUCUUUCAACAUCCUCCUCAUCCUCCCAGGAGACAACAGCUGACAAUAGCACAUCAUUAACAUCUAACAGUAGCACAACAUCGUCACCUACUGAAGAAUCGGAUGUGGCACAGGCACCAAAAUCGUCUCUACUUACCUACAACCCAGUGCCAUAUUCAUUCCACCGAAGACCCUCCUACCAUCAGGGACCACACUAUGGCCAUGGUCCCGUCGUCCCCACCUGCGCCGCCAACACUACCAAGUCCUGGUGCAUCGAGGAUGACCAGUACCCAACUUAUGAGAUCAAACACGCUGUGGGCCAACACUACGAGAAAGUCCUCUCACUCUAUGCUAAUUUAGAUGAUCUCAGCACCGAACUCUCCGUUAAGGGUCUGAUGGAGGAGACGUACCUCUGUCCCUCAGAAACUACUUACAUCAGGCCUCUGCGAGCCAAGAACACCGAGGGCAAGUGGCGCGUCAUCGUGAACCACAUCAAGAUUCAUUAUGUGACUCUCUCCCAAACAACCCGCAUCGAGGAGUGCCUGACUCCCGGCGAAGACUGUCCCUUAGUACCUGAAUGUUACGAUUCCACUUGCCUGCAGAAGUCCAUUUAUCACCGGUUCCUCGUCUACGAUCCUUAUGAUCAGUACUUUCCCUUCGCCAUUGAGACGUUCAAGCUGCCUGCCAGCUGUGCCUGUCUAUUGGACUCCUACACCAUCGACUACUGAAAAUACUUCACGUGUAUGGUACCAUGCCCGAGUUAUAUCGUCUUUCGACCGUUCAACCAAGCUGAAUGCCUUUGAUCACCGGCGUCUGGGGAUCACUUCUCAAGUAAAUAUUCCAGUAUAUCGUCUUUCACUCUUUAAAAUGUAAGAUGACCAGUGGAAUGUUUUCUGAGGCUUCAACCUAGUAGACACUGAGAACACAAACAGAGGAAGCCUUAAUUAAAUCGUGUGUCAUUGAUUUAAUUCGUUUAGGCUCACUGACUGCUUUUAGUAUAACGAAGUUGAUUUUUUUUCAAUUAGUAUGAAUGCCUUAUGUACCAAAAUGUAUGUUCGUCGUUGACUCUCAUGUUUAUAUUGUUGCAAUUCGUUAUAUAUUUUGCUUUGUUUUUGUUAAUGUA